UGAAUCGAAAUCAAAAUGUUCCACAAGCGAACACCAAGCAUCACAAAUUGUGCAAGUAAACGAGCCAUUUUUUGACAAUAAUUCAUAUGAUUCUCAAAAAUCCAGUUCCAUUAGUAUCAUGAAGGACGUCUUCACGCAAACCGGCAAUAAUGUAAAAAACUCCUCCAACCUUAGCCUCACGAAUGGAAAAAAAUUACGCAAGAAAUUCUUCUUCUCACGCAAACGAAAAGAAUCAAGAAACGUUUCUAAUAUUAGUAUGCACGAUGACAGAAUCGAAUCGCGAAGUUCAAUAUUCUUGAAAGAUCAUGUUAAAUCCCUUACACAUCAGAGAUCUAAUAAUCAAAAGAAGCAGUCCAAUUUAAUGAAGUGCCAAUCCGACGAGUCCUGCGUGUGCAAAACGACAGACAGCACGCAUUCACUUUCAGAAUCAAAGAAAGAAGAGAUUAAAAAAUGCGCCAAAUGUAAAGUGGAAACUUUUGCCACGAUUCCAUUGUCACAGGUGGUUCGUCCAUCGAUGUUCGACGCGAUGAUCUAUCGUAAAAAGCCUCCUAUGUAUCCAAAGAAAACUAAAAACGAACUUUCUAUUCAACCCAAUGUCUCUAACACAACUUCGAAAAAAAUAUCACCGUUCAAGAAACUUCUGGAAACAUCUAAGAAAUCAACGGAAAAACAAUCGUCCCAUACGAAAAAGUUCAAUUGGAAGAAUAAAAUAGAAUCGUUGGUAGAUAGGGAAGCACGGGAAAUGAGAGCUCUGAAAGCUUAUAAUGAAGUCACUUUAGUAAAAUAUAAGAAGGAAUUGGAAGCUAAAAAGAAAUUAUCCUCGGGAAAAAGCAUUAAUCCUGAUGCUAAUCCUGAAAGUUUCAAAGAUCGAUCUUCUUCUUCGAAGAAGAGUAACUUAUCUGAACGUUCAAAGAAAAAUAUUCAUAAAACUAUAGAAUCGUUUUAUGAACGUUUUCACGAUGAUUAUAUAGACAAAGAAAACUUUACUGUGGAUGCAACGACAGAAACAGAACCGUUGUUCAAUAUCCCUAUUAAAACGCCAAGUGUAAAAAUUCAUAACGUUUCGAACGAGAAGUAUUCUUGCUCGAAAUUGUCCAAAGUCAACAAAGUGACUGACAAGCUAUUAGAUAAUUUUGAUAGGCUGCAUGGUGGACAAGCGAAGCAAGAUACGAAGAAGAACAAACAAACUGGUGAAAUAGAUAUAAGAAAACAGUACACUAAAUACAGCAAACCGAAAAAAUUGCCAGACGAUGAUUAUACUUCGAUACUAUCUAUGAAAAAGUUAGAAGGUACGCAGAAAGGUCGUGAAUUGGAGAGGACACCUGCUAAGGAAAAUGUCAGAGAUUACUUGGAGAGUACAGAAGUGCCAUCUGACACUGAUCAAUUACUUUUUUUCGAAUCACGCAUAGACAGCACAAAUAUCGCGGGACCUUCAAUUAAGGGCGACCAUAAUAAGCAAUCUUCGUCAAUAGAAGGUGUGGAUUUUGGUGCACAAACUGGCAAUUUAUUGACAACCAUAAAGUCUACUAUCCUUCAAAAAGUUACUUCAUCAUGGUCCUCUAGUAGUAUUGAUCAAAAUACAAAAGAACCACAAGUACAUGAUUAUCAAGCUCAAUUUCCAAGUCAGAUGUUUGAAAUCGAAUCAGUACAAGAAGUUGAUUAUAAGGAUGAAGAAGAAACAACUUCAGAAAUUAAUGUAAAUUAUGAGAAUGUAACAGAAUUAGUACCAGAAAGAAAAGAUCAAAUGGAAACGAAACCAAUCUUAGAAGUAGAAACUAAAGUAGAUCUCGAAAAAGAAAUCAAAUUGACAUCCAAAAUGGAAUAUCAGCAAGAGGAAAUGAAACCAACGUUAAAAAUCGAAAAAAAUGUUGAUCUCAAAGAAGAAAUCGAAAGAAAUGUUGAUCCCAAAGAAGAAAUCGAAAGAAAUGUUGAUCUCAAAGAAGAAAUCGAAAGAAAUGUCGAUUUCAAAGAAGAAAUCGAAAGAAAUGUUGAUCUCAAAGAAGAAAUCGAAAGAAAUGUUGAUCUCAAAGAAGAAAUCGAAAGAAAUGUUGAUCUCAAAGAGGAAAGUGAACCAAUUCGAGAAACGCCAGAAAUCGAAGUCGAUAAACAAGAAAUUGAUAAUUCUAAAGUUUCGAAAGAUAAAGAAGAGAAAGAAAUAAAAGAAAAUAUUUCAAAAGAUAUUCUUCAAAUAUCUUGCACAGAAUGUAUCAAUUUUGAAGAAGAGGUUCAAAACGCAGAAGAAAUAGAAGAAAUCAGAAGGAGUAGCCUCGAAGUAAUGUCGAGCGAACCUCAAAUAAGAGAAACUUCAUCAAAUUUUAGAAAUUUCAGAAGAAACAUUAAUAUGAGCUACGUCGGUAAUGGUGUUAUUUUAAGCAAUUCUAAUUCUCCAAGGGGAAAUCCACGUCCAUGGGACAUAGUGGAUGAGGAUACAAUUAGAAUGCUUCACAACGCUUUUUCUUAUCGAUCUGUAGAUACUUCUUUCGAUUUCUUCCGAGAAAUUCUGAUGGUAGAUGGGGAGACUAUCAGAAUGCUCCACAACGUAUUCUCUUACCAAUCAUUUAACGCCUCGUUAGACUUUCCUCGAGAAAUUCUGACAAUUGAUGAUAUUUUAAAUAGAUCCUUGGAAUAUCCAAUCGACGAGUUUAUUUUUCAAUCUGACAGAGAAUUGGUCAUGGGUCUUACCAUGGAACAACUUCCUCCAAUGUCUUACGAACAUCAUCAUGCUAUUUUUACUACCAUACGACAGUUUCAAAAUUUGGACGAAGAGGAUCAAGAGGAUGGUAUUUGCGAUUUAUACAUCACUACUAUCGAUCACGAAGAUUUGCCCAUCGAAAUGGAGGCUACGGACGAGUUUGAUGAUGACGAUGAAGUCGAACAUACCGAGUUUAGAAUAAACGAACUUUUGACGACCAUGAUUCGAAUCCUACGGAAUUUGAAUGAUCGUGGAUACAAUUUGGAGGAUAUUUUCAGACUGUUCGAGAUUUUUCGAGAACCUUCGAACGAUGAAGAAGAUAUGAUAGAAGAAAUUGAAGAAGAAGACGAAGAAGAAGAAGAAAAGAAUGAAGAAAUGGAAGAGCAAAUACAGGAAGAAAACAAGAUAUUGCAGUUCAUUAAAGAAGACAUCUUUACGAAUAUUAAAUUUCCUAUUGUAGUCAAAUGGACUGAUUUAAUACCCGAUUCUUCACCUAUCGAAAAUAACGAAACCGAGGAGCUUGAUAUUACGCUUAAGGAAACAGAACUUAGUAAAAUAAAUUUGUUUUCUUUGAAGGAUGACAGUUACGAUAAACUUACUUAUUUCGGAACGAAUUUAGAGUUACUUCCGAUAGAACGUUGUAUAACUUAUGGAGUACUGGAAAAAGUUCACGAAGAAAAUGAAAUUAUCGAUAGCGAGGAAACGAAGAAAAUCGAGAAGAACGAGGAAAUUAUUGCGAUCGAAGAUAUCGUAGAUCUUAAAGAAGUUAAAGAAAUGUGGAAGCAUAAACACAUCGAGGUUGAGGAAGAUGUUGCGUAUCAAAUGAUCGAGGAAAACAUCAAUGAUACGAGUUUUAAAGAAAUUUACGUUGACAAGGAUAUCCAAUUAACGGACGAUGAAGAGAACGAAAAUAACGAUUUGCGAACGACGGAUGAAGAGAUGUUCGAAUGCGAAGAAAACAAUAUCGAUAUCGAUAUCGAUGUAAAAUCAGAUUUUGAGGAGAUUAAAGAGAUUAAAGAGAAGAUUAAAGAAGAGGUUAAAGAGGUUAAAGAAGAGGUUAAGAAAGAGGUUAAAGAGAUUAAAGAAGAGGUUAAAGAGGAGAUUAAAGAGGAGAAAAAAGAGGAAAUCAAAGAACAAUUGUCUUUGUAUACUAUCUUCAUUUUUGGACUAGUUGUCUUGUAUUUUUAUAUUCAAUAUUAUUAUAAAGAAAUAUUUACAUUUAAACAAAUUCCCGCGUCCUCAUCGAGUUUAAAACCCUUUGAAAUUCAUGCGAUGCCAACGUCGACAACUACAUUCUUAAAAAAUUCGAGGAUCAUAAAGAAAAUUAAGAAAGAAAGUAAAGAAGAGAGACUAAGCGAAAACAAAAAAGAAAUCGAUCACGAUUCGUUGAAGAGUGUCAUCGAUUUCGAAACAUCGGAAAUUUCUAGUUUCACUGAUUCGGAAUACAAUUUCGAUUCCAAUGUGCAUAAAACGUCCUGGACUAAUUUAAGGAUGAUACAUGGGCAUAGUUCGAAAGAGAUAGGAAACGAAGUGAAAAGGAUUGAAAUUCAUUCAAUUUUCAUGUCUGAUAAUAAUUUGAUCAUUAAUUCAUCGAAUAAUCAAUUACAAGAUGAAAUAGAUAUUUGUUUGGAUGAGAAAUUGGAAUCGCUUUCUCCGCAUUACAGCUUGGUCAGGAAUAGCAGCCAAAUGAAUAUAAUCGAAUUUUACGAAAAAGAUAAUAAGCUUCAAUUCAUCGAACCUGAUCUCAAAUUGUUAGAAUUGCGUCUUGCCCAGGAAGAGAUAGAGACUCUUCAAUACAAAGACGAUGAUUCGAGUUCAACAAAAUCUGUGCAGCACGAGAACGAAACAAAGUUGUUCGAAGUGGCGUCGUACAAUUCUUACGCGAAGGUAAAGAUAAGCGAGAAAGAACAACUUCAAAAGAAUCACGCUAUAAAUCGGAAAGAUAGUCCAAGAAAAUCAGAAUUAUCCGUUUUCUACGAAAUUCCGGUAGAACACGAAGAGUCAGAAGAGCAACAGUACGUUUCCGAAAAAAUUAUUUUUUCCAAACGAAACGAGCAGGUUGAAGAGGUUAGGUUAUCCGUGGAACAGAACAAGCAACCAUCGAAUUUGGCACAAUUUAUGGAAACGACCGACAGUUUCGACUCGACUUAUACCAAAAUUUCCGAAGUCUCGAGAAACACUGUUUCCGUAGAUUUGAACAAAUCCUCGAUGGAAGAUUUCACGAUAGGAUCGAAUGAAUCGUACGAGUCGCACGAGUCGAAUCAAUCGAACGAGGAUAGAUGAGAAAAAGAAAUCGUCCAUGAAUCAUUUCGUUUCGUUCCGAUUUAUUUUUUCGUAUUUUUUUUUUUUCUCGCGAUAACGAUCGAUGGAUUUUAACUCAAUAAAUGAUCCGGGAACUUUUGAAAGAAAUUCUUCUUUUUUUCUUCGAAAGAAAUUCGUUUUAUUUUGCAUUUUGUAUAAAAAAGAAAAAAAAAAAAAAGACUGUUACUGAUACAGUUGGUCCCAAAAAUAUCCGACCAAUAUUAGAUACACAUUUUAUUAUACGAAAAAUUGUAUAUUGUCGAAUGGAAAAGCAACUUGAUUAUAUGUUAAUUUUUAGCGUAUACAUUUAUUAUUUAAUUCUCAUAACAAUUGUUUAAGAAGUCUAAUUGUUUAAGAAGAAAAUAUGCAUGCAUGGUGAAAAAUCUUAAUGAAAAAUUAAGUAUUAUAAAUAUUUAUUCAAGGGAUCGGAUAUUUUUGAGACCAACCAUGUAUCUUUUUUUUUCCGCCUUCUUUUUAUUUUUCUUUUUUUUUCCUUUUUUAUAAAAAAAAAAAAAGAAAUAAAUGUUACGCAAAUUGACAUUUUUGUCGAUAAUUAUUAGAAAAGAUAUUUUUUCCUUUUCCUUCGAUUUUACAAGAAAUAAUUGUUUAUCUUUUGAAAGAAGCAAAACAUCUAUUGUGAAUGAAUUUUAUUUAUUUCGUUUCUUAACAAUGAUGAUAUUGAUUUAUCUUACAUUUGCUAUUUUAUAAGUAGCACAACGUUUUUCAACGAUUUAUUUAAUGAUACUUGUUAAAUUUUCUUAAUGAUUCGAAAUAAUAAAUGAAUGUAUUUUAAAGAAAUCUUUUUUAUACCAAUAUCUGUCCAUAUCAAAUUCUCAUAACAUAUAAAAUUUUCGGUAAUUAUUUACGAAAAAUCCAUCAGGUAAUUCUCAAAUAAUAUUGUGAAGAUUUUACUUAAUUCAUCAUAUUAAAAAGUUAUUAAACAAAAACGUUUCCUUCUUCGAAAUAAUUGUAGAUCAAAAUAGUUUAUUACUACGGACAAUUGAUGGCUACGAUUAAGAAAUUGCCAAUGCAAAUUAAAUCGGCUAUUUAGCUCGUCAGUUAUGAUUAGCUAAAUAAGUUUUUUAUUUAAUUUUGAUUUACGGUGAAAUCAAACUUAGAAUUAACGUAGAUUAAUUGAUAUCAAACAAAAAUUUAUUUAAUUUUAUGGUUUAUUAUUGGGUUUGGAUUAGGCUAGUAACUUUUUAAUGAACAAUGCCAUAUUAAAUUUUUAUAAACUAUUCAAUGUAAUAAUCUUGACGACAUAUUAAAAAAUUCAUGGAGAUCGAGAAAUACAUUUUUGUAAAUAUUUACCAAUUUUUUUUUAUUUUUAAUAUAAAUUAAUAAUAAAAAAUAAAAUAUUUAUUAUAUAUUAACACUGUGAUAUUAAUUCUUGGAUGAUAGAUGAUCUUAUUUCGGAUUCUUUGCAAUCCAUGCUACGUUGUAUUAGUAUCUUUAGCAAUAAUGAUUUUACUAGUAAAAUUGUAUGUUAACAAAAUUUUGAUUAAAAAUAAUUAUGUGCUUUUUUUAAUGAUCAAGAUUCUCAUCAAUUUUCAUAAAACCUAAAUUUAUUCAAACAUUUAAUUUAAAUAAUCUUUACAAACGAGGUUCGUUCAAUUCGAUCGCCCUUUUAUCUCGUUAUUAUGCCAUUCAACAAACUUAAUAAAUACACUUAAUUAAAUAUACUUCCUGUUUGCUCUUCCUUAACCACCAUUUAAUCGUUUGAGUGUUAUCGAUUUUCUAUUCCCUUGUGUUUUUUUAAAUAGAUUUUAUAAAUAUUUUAUACAUCCAUAUCGUAUAUAAAUUUAUAAAUGAGAAAAAUUUUUAAAUUUAAAAAUUAUCAAUUUGUACAUUUUUUAUUUCUUUAUUUUUUUUAUUAUUAUUAUUUUUUUUUUAUAUAUUGUAAGAUUUAUAAAUUCUUCUAAAAAUUUAAAUUAUUUUAUUUCUAAUCUUUUCAAUCUUUAAAUUUUCCAACUUUUUUUUUUCUUUUAUUUUUUACUUUAACAAAUUCUUCAUUCGAUCAUCUUUAAUUUUAAUACCGAUAUAAUUUAUAAAUUUGUUUGUUUAUAAACAACAACAAAUAAAUUUUUACUAUGUAAUAUAUAGAUAAUACGAAACAAUUUUGAAUAUUUGGUAUAGAUAAAAGAAAAUUAUGAUUUUAUAAGAACUCAUAAUUUUGUUCAUUUAUAUGUGAACAUCAUCUUAUAUAUUCAUUUUGAAAUAACAAUAACUUCACAAUAGUACAAUCAUAAGACUAAAUGAAAAAAUAUUACAUAAUAUACAUGAAAAAAAUACAUUAAAAUUGACAUAAAAAUAAAUUUAAUAAAUAAAGUAAAAAUUAAAACUUCAAAAACUUAAAUCUUCAAAAAUUAAUUCCACGUAAAUUACUAAUUUUUCUAUAAAUAAUAAUUAGAAUCAACAAAAUAUUCAUCCAUUCAACGUUCUCGUUCCUAACCUCAACCCUUAUUCACUUAACCUAACCUAAAAAUUCUAAUCGCAUAUCAAUAUCGCAUCUCCUCUCUCUUUCUUCCAUCUCCCGUUUCACAUAUUAAUAAUAAUACUUUCCUCAUUUCAAACCGAAAAAAAAACUCAACGUAACAGCGAUCAACUCCUCUCCUCUUCGCUCUGUUCCGCGGCAACCGAUCGCCGCGGCAGUACUGUGUUGGUUAGCCACCGGUGUAGGUGUAUAUACGCAUCGUAGGUGUACAACUUCGCGGUCUGCCACGGCGACGUACUGUUCUUGGCACAGUUUCUGACCAUCUCCUAUUGCGAGCGGAUCGCGCUGGACCUAAUAUCACUGCGCCUCGCGCCACCCAAAUUUCUGUGAGGCCCCUCUGAAAUCUCUCUUCCGGUUGUCUAACAUUUGGAAUCCGCGCACCCCAUAGCCUAGAGGCGACAUCUUCGAUCUUUCGAAGUCAACGAUUUUCCUUUGAAAGUGAGUAAAAUCGAAGAAAUUCCGCGAAUUUUCUUCCGAUUUUCAAAAAGGUGAAUAAAUCAAAAGAUUUGGAGAAAUUUUAAUUUUAUUAUUAACGAAACCAUUCUUUACAAGUGAAUAUAUCGAUGAUUUUUUAAAAGUGAACAAGUAUAUCGAAGAUCUCGAAGAUUUUUCAAAAGUGAAUAUAUCGAUGGUUUGGAAGAGUUUUCAAAAGUGAAUAAAUCGAAGAUUUGAAAAGCUUUAGUAAUAACGAAGCAAUUUUUUUAAGCGAUCUUUUAAAAAUAAAUAUGUUGAUAGAA